AUGGCCAAGCAUGGCACAAAGCAGAGGAAUGCGGCAACGCAUCCACGCAAGGGGGGCAAAAAGAAGGUUUCCGACAACAAGACACGUGAUGUUGUACAGCCUGUGAAGAAGAAGGUCGCCGCCAAGGUCAAACACAAUGUGCCAUUGUCGCUACACUUGAAUGCCCACGUCGAUGCGAGUGCUUCGUCUGCUUUCCUCCAGGCCAACAUUUCCAACCCAAACCCAAAGAUAGUCGGCGGUGUAUCGGACAGACAUCGUGUGCUGGUGGUGGGCGAUGGAGAUUUCUCGUUUUCACUGGCGCUGGCCACCCGACUGGAAAGUGCUGCUGCUGCUGCAGUCGCCGACGGCCUUGGUGGAGCUAAGUUUGUCGCGACGGUGUACGACAGCGAAGCAGAGCUCCUGGCCAAGUACCCCAACGUGUCUGCGAAUAUUCGUGGAUUGAAAGUCACCCAAGCACAAAUCCACGUUGGGGUGGAUGCGACCAACUUGAAGCGCGAGCAAUGGAUUCGUAAUGUCACUUUCGAUCGCAUUCUGUUCAACUUUCCGCAUUUGGGUGGGGCGACCGAGGACGACGUGGAGAAGAACCAAGACCUGUUGCAUCGGUUCUUCAAGUCGGCCAGAGACUUCUUGGACGACUCGAAGGGCGAAAUCCACGUGGCUCUCCGAAACACGCUGUUUUAUAAUCGAUGGGACGUGGCUGGCCAGGCCGUGAGAGCUGGGUUGAAGCACAAACGGACGGAUCGGUUCGACGUGGCGCUCUAUCCUGGCUACGAGGCCCAGCGAACACACCCGGCAUCGUUUCGAGGAGAGCCGCCGUCGACCCAAGGAGCCAAGACGUACGUCUUUGCCAAAGACGCGACCUUUGUCGAACCAGUGGAUGCUGUUGUUCCUUCGGCCAAGCCAGCCCAGUCAAAGCCGAAAAAGAGCGCUGAAAAAGCGGCUGCGACGAAGAGCAGUUGGCAGUGCCUCGCUUGCAAAGCCCACUUCAAUUUGCAGACAAAGUACAACGCACACAUCAACUCGGCCAAACACGCCAAGACGGUGAAGGCGCAAAAGAAGAAAAAGUAG